AGACCGAGAAUUUGUUCUUGAAGGAAAAACUAGACCGUGAGGUGCUGUGCGGGGCGACAGAACCCUGUAUACUGCAUUUCCAGAUCAUACUGGAAAACCCUGUGCAGUUCUUCCAAACUGAACUGCAACUCACUGAUGUAAAUGACCAUUCUCCAGAGUUCCCUGACAGGGAGAUGCUUCUAAAAAUCCCUGAGAAUGCCCAGCCAGGGACUAUGUUUCCUCUGAAGGCAGCUCAGGACCCUGACAUAGGGAGCAAUGCUGUUCAGAACUAUACAGUCAGUCCAAACCUCCAUUUCCACGUCGUUACUCACAGUCGCUCAGAUGGCAGGAAGUACCCAGAGCUGGUGCUGGACAGAGCCCUGGACAGGGAGGAGCAGCCUGAGCUCACUUUAACCCUCACAGCUCUGGAUGGAGGUGCUCCACCCAAGUCUGGGACUACCACGGUUCGAAUUGAAGUUGUGGACAUCAAUGAUAAUGCCCCUCAGUUUAUACAAUCACUCUAUGAGGUGCAGAUUCUUGAAAAUAGCCCCCUUGAUGCCUUAGUUGUCACAGUGUCUGCCAGGGAUUUAGAUGCUGGGAUAUAUGGCAAUGUAGCCUAUUCUCUGUUUCAAGGUGAUGGAGUGUCUCAACCAUUUGUAAUAGACAAAGUCACAGGAGAAAUCCGUCUGAGCAAACAGCUGGAUUUCGAGGGAAUUAGCCAUUAUAACAUAGAAAUCACAGCCAUCGAUGGAGGAGACCUUUUAGGGAAAUGCACUGUGGCUGUACAGGUGUUGGAUGUGAAUGACAAUGCUCCAGAGUUGACGAUCAGGAAGCUCACAGUCCCUGUCCCAGAAAAUUCUGCAGAGACUGUAGUUGCUGUUUUUAGUGUUUCUGAUUCUGAUUCUGGGGACAAUGGAAGGAUGGUGUGUUCUAUCCAGAACAAUAUCCCAUUUCUCCUGAAACCCACAUUUGAGAAUUAUUACACUUUAGUGACAGAAGGGCCACUUGAUAGAGAGAGCAGAGCUGAGUACAACAUCACCAUCACGGUCACCGACCUGGGCACACCCAGGCUCACAACCCAGCACACCAUAACAGUACAGGUGUCCGACAUCAACGACAAUGCCCCCGCCUUCACUCAAACUUCCUACACCAUGUUCGUCCACGAGAACAACAGCCCCGCCCUGCACAUAGGCACCAUCAGUGCCACAGACUCAGACUCAGGCUCCAAUGCCCACAUCACCUACUCGCUCCUGCCUUCCCAAGACCCGCAGCUGGCCCUCGACUCGCUCAUCUCCAUCAACGCAGACAACGGGCAGCUGUUUGCGCUCAGGGCACUGGACUAUGAGACCCUGAAGGCUUUCGAGUUCCUUGUGGGCGCCACGGACCGAGGCUCGCCUGCACUCAGCAGCCAG